CCCACCAUGUAUCCGGACAGGCAGUUAGGCUGAGUAUGCUGUCAAAGAAACAUAAAACCUUCUGCUUGCUUUACUAUGUGAUUCAGAUAAGACACCCAGCACUUCUUGGACUUCAAAGACAGAAGUGUAUGAAUAUGUUGAAAACAGACUUAAUUUAGCCUACAGCUGAAGCAUUUUGCCGCAGGUAUGUCAUAUUCAGCAAGAGCACAGCAAGAAGGAAAUGAGUCUUGUUUCCAGUCACAAUGAAGAGCUAAAACGUGUCCGACUUCAGUAUGAAAAUGAACUGAGAGAAAAAACAAGUUCAAUGAGGAAUGAGCAUGAAGCUCAGUUAAGAGCGCUGAGAGUUGAGCUUGAGGAUGAAUGCAGAAGACUGCAGGAGGAGUUGGAUAUGCUGAAGUCUAAAGAGGAGAAACAGAGGGCUCUGUUGCAGUUGCAAUGGAAAGUAAUGGGAAAUAAUCCGGAAGAGGAAGAAGUGACUUCAAAGAAGAAGCACUCUGGGUCAUUGACCAAAAGAAACCAAUCUGAUAGUUGCAAAAGGGGCCAGCUUGCACCGGUGAGAGCUGAAGCUAAGGAUGUGGAUGCACAUUAUCUGGAAGGAAGUCAAACACCUGUAUCAAAUUUGUUAAGGAAAGUGGAGAAGGUGAAUACAGGAAGUGUUAUUAGUAUGCCCAAACAUAGUAGGAAGGUGACCCAUCAUGAAUAUGAAGUUGAAACCACAAAUGGCAGAACAAUCACAAAACGAAGAAAAACUAAAAGCACAGUCAUGUUUGAUGAUCCAUCAAAGAACAAGAAGAAAAGGACACCAAAAGUGAAGACUCCCAGAGAGGUUAUCAGGAGCAUUAAAGGAGGAGGUCAUCCAAAACCUGCAAACAUAGGUGAUUUAUUCUCGGAAGGAUCUCUGAAUCCAUAUGCUGAUGAUCCCUAUGCAUUUGGCUAGAGGUGAAGAAGUCCUACUCCAGUGCAGAGCUUCCUAGAGAAUCUGAAGCGUACUUUGACCUGGAAAUGUGUAGGUGCUGAUUCUUUGAUUGCAGACAUAGCAGGCUGCUUUCCAUAUUGAUUCUUUGAUUGCAGAUGUAUAGCAGGCUGCUUUCUAUAUUGCAAGGAACUAGAAUUUUACUUCCCGCAAAAAUAAAAGACUGUAUAUAACUGCAAUUAAUGUGUGAAAAAAUUGUGGGGGAAGUAACGUGAUUAGAGCUCGGUUGCAGAGGACGUGCGCCAGUGUAAAGUCACCAGUUGCGAUAGAACUACACACAUAGUUUUGUUAUGUGCUUCCAAAAUGCAUAAGCUUAGCUUUUGUUGUACUUAA